UGGUGUGGUCUGGUGUGGUGUACAGUGUGUCUCUGCCUGCGUUCACGCCCAUCCGUCUGUCUGGGACAGAACAUAAGGAUCUAAAGCUGCUACUGAUCGGUCACCCACGUAUCACCUCGUGUGGGUUGUUCUCUGAACACACACACACGCACGCACGCACGCACGAGAGAGAGAGAAAACGAGAUGCACUGAGAACAAUACACGUGGACCAGCUGCUGUCUGCCCUCACGUGUGAAGGCCUUCAUCAUGUCUCGCUUCAUCUUCUCCGCUGCGUCAUCGGCUUCGCCCAUCGGACCAGCAUUGGCAAAGCCGACAAAGAACAGCCGCGGCCUCACACGCAUGACGUUUGUGAGCAUGUGGUGGUUGCACUCGAACGCCGCGCCGUUCUUGUGCGCCAGCAGCUGGCUGAAAAGGUCCCGCCACGUCACGCCUCUUCUGGCGUGCGUCGCCUUGAUGAAGACGCUCGUGCUUGGGUCCGCAGCAAGUGUCUCCCAUGUCACCCUCUUGUGCUGAUGUGUAGAAGAAACAGAGGCCCUUCCAUUCCAUCAAACACCCACCCGUUCCCACCUGUCUAUGGCCCCGCUGCUUACCGGCGAGUCCGGGCUCAAGGCAAGCUCGUAGUUUUUGCUGCGUACAUUAAGGAAGGCCUCAACGGGCUCCAUUCCGUCUUUGGUCAAGUCGUAUGCGGCAUAACAAUAGCACAGGCGGGUUCGGUGCACCACAAUGGAAGGAUGGCGGCUCACCAACUGCGUUCACUCAUGCCAUGAACACAUACGAGCUGAGCUCAGGACACCAGUGGAAAAGUGCAUGCAGCCGAAUGGAACACGUAUACGUACCUUGUCAGGGUUGAUGCCGCUCUCCUUGCCCCAUUCGUCGACGUUCAUAAGGUCAGGAAAGUAGUUGACAACGGCCGCCUUGAUCUCGCCCCCCGAACAGGACCUGGACAGCUCAUCGAGUGACUCAAUCAGCUCCUCUCGAUUGGCUGCCGCAGCCUUGCAAUAUUUCUUGUGCCGCUUCCAGGCGGCCCUCUGGCACUCCUGCAUACAAGCCACAUCAGGAGACGGCCAGACCCGUCAGAAUGUGCACGUCUGCAAUUUUUGUCUUGUUGCCGUCUCACAGGUGAGCAGAAGAAGAUCUCUAAGCAGCCCCGACAUCUGCCCAGCUUCACGCCAGGCUCAGAAUCCUCCUUUCGACACUGCCAGCAGGCCCGUGGCAAGAUCAACUGGCACAAUUUAUCGGAGCAUGUCCGCCACAGAUGUUUACUCAAGCCAUAGCUCGGGGUGCUGGUUCGCAUGUACACAGAACCAGCGGCGCUGUUCUUGUGGUACACGGUGGAACAUGGCGGUCCUCCGUAGAU